AUGGCGUCGAAGCCAUCAUCACCGGGACCCAAUGCGACACCUGCAACGCCAGCCAAGCAGGCACGAUCCAGGAAGGCUGCUACUCCAAGCCAGACUGAACAGGGAAGAGCAGGCUCCGCAGGCGGAGUUGUCUUGCCAAAAGAGCCCGCUACAAAGGCUUCAGCAUCCUCAGCAAAAAAGGCUGCAGCAACACCAAGCACAGAUGACGUUACCGCACCGGCAGCGAAGACACCGAAAAAGAAACCCAGGAAGCUGAACAAGGAGCCCACAUCAACAUCUACAGAUGCAGCAAAGCCUACGGCCACAAGUAAAGCCACGGCAGAUGUACCAUCGCCCUCCGAACUCGAAGCGCUCAAGUCUCGUGUCAGAGGCUUAGAAGCCAAGGUAGAAGAGCUCUACAAAGCCGGUGCGAUUCCCGAUUCACGACCUGGCCGCUCCCCUCGCCGACGAGGAAAAGGGCGAAAAGCCUCGUCUACUGCGCAGGUUCCCACGCUUAGUACAACGGCCAAUGAGAGCGAUUCCCGGGUCCAUGAAAUCGCCGACGACGAAGAGGAGGAAGCAGACGAAGAGCUCGUGCGUCUCGAGGGCGAAUUGGAGGUAGCACGACAAGAUCUAGAACACUUCAAUCCUCGCAGCAAAGGCGCCACAAGUCGAGGAACGGAAUACGUCGAGGAGAUCGACAGGGACGCACCCGGAGCAAGAUCAGGUACAGAGAGACAAGUCACCCUAUCCGGAAGCUACCGCAUCCCAAUCCCCGCCAACGUCAACCUGGAAGACGUCAAAACGAUCAAAUCAGGUGUCUCCGCUGCCCAGAAUGUAGCGCGUUCUUUCCUCGAGCAACGACGCGCGGCCGCUGCUGUACGCGCUACCGAGAACAACGCCUCUUCACCACAACAGCAGUCCAGCAGCAGAGCUACCAAAGUCCCCGCUUCGAAAUCUUCCUCUGCAACCACGCCGAAGCCAAAGAGAAGCAUGAGCUCGACUAUGGAAGUUGCCGUGGACAACAGCGAUGGAAAGCAGAGUUGGAGUGAGUGGAUUGGUGGUUAUAGUAUGGCGAUUACAAGGGCGGUCAGUAAGAUUGAACACGAGGCUGCUGUUGAGGCGCAGAGGGGUGGUGGAAGUGCGGGUGCUAGUAGGCCUUCGGCAGGUGGAAGGAGGACGAGUGCGCCUACGUCUAAGAAGGCGGCUGGGAAGAGACCUGCUGCUAAGGCAACUUUGAGCGGAGAGCAGGUGCAUGGGCUGAUGAGUUAG